CUAUAAUGAAAACUACUCCACCUACCAUACAAUUUUGGGAUGAUUCCUCCUGAACUGUCUCUGAAGAGUACAGUGAGUCUCCUCCCAAAAAUAACGUUUAUCACUGGAAAGGGAAUGCGAAUGCUCUCAGAGAUGUCACGGGAAAAUCCAAAAGCUCACUAACUAUCUUGAAGCAGCCUAUUCUAGAAGAGAGCUCUUGCUUUCAAAAAUCGAAGGGCAAACUUGGGAGAAAAAGCAUUGGGUUAUCAGAGCCGACUUUCAUACUGCCCCAAGACUCAAAGACUAGUGGGUCUUGCUACAAAGUUAUGAAAAGGCUCAGAAAGUCUUCAUCAUCAGAUGUACUUCAUUUUCCUAGGAAUUCUGAAGAAAUUAAACCUCUGAAUUGGAAAGAAAAAUGCGAGGAGAGCCAAAUGAUUCCUUCAUCAAGAAUCCUCCUCCUGCUCCACAAGAAGUCUUAACUCUUCAUGUAACUGUCUAAGAGAGUGGCUAUUCAGUCGAUAAUCUUAAUUUUUCAUA